GAAAGAAUGAAAACUCCACGCUGCCGUUACAUUCUUCUGCCCAAUCUGGGUGAUGAAACUUUGUCUCUAGAACCUGAAGAGGAAACUGAUGGGCUAGACUCAGUCAGGACAAAUGCAGAUGUUCCAUCCCAAGUUGCAGAAGAAUUGAAUGAGCCUAUACUGAAUGCUCAAAGUAGCAUCUUGCAUACAGAAGAAAUCCAACAGCUAACUCCACAUCUCCCUCUGCGAGUGACUGCCUAUCCUUGGAACCUUGUCUACUGUACAGCAAGGGAUGGAUUUAGUCUGAAGACCAUGUAUAGAAGCAUGAGCAACUUGGCCUCUCCUGUGUUAUUGAUUAUCAGGGAUACUGAUGGGCAGAUAUUUGGAGCUUUUUCUUCUACAGCUAUUCAUGUGAGCAGCUGUUUUUAUGGCAAUGGAGAAACAUUUCUGUUCUCUUUCACUCCACAACUCAAGGUAUUUAAAUGGACAGGCAAAAAUACCUUCUUCAUGAAAGGAGAUGCAGACUCUUUAGCCAUUGGUGGUGGCAGUGGUAAAUUUGGACUCUGGCUAGAUGGAGAUCUGAACCAUGGAGGAAGCCACCCCUGUGAAACCUUCAAUAAUGAAGCAUUAUCACCCAAAGAGGAAUUCCUCAUCCGAGACUUAGAAGUUUGGACAUUGUCUUAACUGGAAGACUGGGAGAAAAAUCAGA